AUGCAUGGACAUACAAGAGAAAUUGUUGCAACAGACAUAAGUAAAUGCAAACAAAUUGUAGCUACUUCCUCUAUGGAUAAAACCACUAGAUUAUUUAGCACUAUAACAGGUCAAACAUUAAAAAUACUAAGAGGUCAUACUGGUGAAGUUAUUGCAAAUCAAUUUCAUGAUAAUGGAUUUAAUAUUAUAACAGGAUCAUUUGAUGGUACUAUUAGAAUAUGGGACACAAGAGUUCCCAAUUGUAUCUCAACACUUUCUGAACAUUCAGCAGAGCUUAGUAUGAUUUGUUAUGACUUUGAUUGUAAUACUAUUGCAAGUGGAUCAUUAGACAGCACAGCCAAAAUAUGGGAUGCAAGAACUAACACUUCUCGAUGCACAAUUGCUGGUCACACAGAUGAGAUACUUUAUAUAUCUUUUGAUCGGAUGGGACGCCGUUUAGCUACAGCAAGCAGUGAUUGUACUGCAUGUAUUUGGAAUGUAGAUAAUGGAGAAUUGAUAUGUCCAAUGAUAGGCCAUUCUGAAGAAGUAUCAAAGGUAUACUGGGAGCCUUCAGGGAAGCACUUGCUUACAGCUUCACAUGAUCAUAGUUCAAUGAUUUGGAAUACUGAAACAGGAGAUUGUAUAAAAAAACUAGUAAAUCAUACUGACCAAGUAUUUUCCAUAGAAAUGAGUUAUUUUGGUGAUAAAAUUUUUACAGCUUCGAAAGAUAAUACAUGUUGCAUAUGGAAAAAAUGUAGUGUAAAAAAAAAUGUGGAUUUAUAA